GGACAGCAGGGGCCCGAUGGCCCUGUGGGUACUUGUCCCUGCUGUCCCCUCGUGUCAUCGGCCACCGGGGGCGGGGUUCAUUUCACAGCCAUCGAGGAUGAGUACAGUGGCCCAAAGUUGGAUGGCGGCAAGGUGACGUUGGCUUUCAUGAAGGAGCUGAUGCAAUGGUACAAGGAGCAGAAGAAACUCCACAGAAAAUGUGCCUACCAGAUCCUAGUGCAGGUGAAGGAGGUGUUGGCCAAACUCCCCACGUUGGUAGAAACGACGUUGAAGGAGACGGAGAAGGUGACGGUGUGCGGGGACACCCAUGGACAGUACUACGACUUGCUGAACAUCUUCGAGCUCAAUGGGUUGCCCUCCGAGUCCAACCCUUACAUAUUCAACGGGGACUUUGUGGACCGUGGGUCCUUCUCAGUUGAGGUCAUCCUCACGCUCUUCGGCUUCAAGCUCCUCUACCCUGAUCACUUCCAC